AUGUCUACUAAAGUGGAAAAUCAUGACAGUAAAAAUGAAUUAUCUCCUAUCGAAGAAAUCAAAUUCACUGAGCGAAUGAGAAAAGCUACUAGAAAAGAACACAGAAUUAGUGAUUCAUUAAUUAAUGCAAAAAUGACUAUUGGUAUGACAGAUAGUAAAGUAUGGGUAGAAGGUCUACGUCGUUUUUAUGUAGUUUUUCAAUAUUUAGAAAUAGCCAUGAAGAAAGAAGAAAAUAAUAAUUUACAUAAAUUUGCACAAAUUAAUGGAUUGUUCCGUACACAAAAUUUUGAAAGCAGUUUACGGCACUAUUUAGGAGAUAAAUGGUCAUCUGAAUUAACUAAAGCUAUGGCUGAAUAUUCUAACUAUUUAAUAAAUCUAGAAAAAGAAAAUCAUGUAUUGUUAACACCAUUUAUAUAUCAUAUGUAUAUGGGUAUUUUAUCUGGAGGUCAAAUAUUGAUGGCUAAACAAAGGAUGGCUUUCUCAGAUGGAAAAGGAUCUGAAGCAUUUUAUUUUGAUGUAAAUGUAAGGGAGGCAAAAAAUCAAUUGAGAAAUGAAAUGAAUGAAUUGGCAGAAAAGCUAGAUGACGAAACAAAACUUAGAUUAUUAAAAGAAAGUAAAAUGGUAUAUUUGUUGAAUAAUAAGUUAGUAAAAGAAGUUAAGGUUCCUACAGAAGUUUUGUUAAUUAAGUUAAUAUUUAUAGUUGGAAUUUUUAUUUUUGUAAUUAUAUUAUGGAAGGUGUCGAAAAAAUUUCUUAUGGUAUUAUUUUAGUGUAUACAUUUAUUCAUUACUACUAUA